UGGACGACAACAAAUGUCCUCCGAGUCAGAGCGGGAAAAGCGGCGCUGCUACAGACACAUGUCAACAAGCGGACUCCACUCAGCCCGGUGUGACAGCGGCGUGUCGGCCUUCGAAACCGGGAACUCUGCUCUGGGAACAGGAGCCAUGCAGGCCUUCCUGAAAGGAGCGACGCUUCAGUCCACCAGACCUCAGAAAGACAAGGCGGCAGCAGGGCCCAGUUCAGAGAAGAGAGCUAAGCCCAUUCCCUGGGUAGAAAAGUACAGGCCAAAGUGUGUUGAUGAGGUGGCCUUCCAGGACGAGGUGGUAGCCGUGCUGAAGAAGUCUCUGGAAGGAGCUGAUCUUCCCAACCUGCUCUUCUACGGCCCUCCUGGGACGGGGAAGACCUCCACCAUCCUGGCUGCCGCCAGAGAACUUUACGGCCCCCACCUGUACAGACAGAGGGUGCUGGAGCUCAACGCCUCCGACGAGCGAGGCAUCCAGGUGGUCCGGGAGAAGGUGAAGAACUUUGCUCAGCUCACCGCGGCCGGGACUCGCCCAGAUGGCAAGCCGUGUCCUCCUUUUAAGAUCAUCAUCCUGGACGAGGCGGACUCCAUGACGGGACCGGCUCAGGCCGCUCUAAGGCGGACCAUGGAGAAGGAGUCCCGCACCACACGCUUCUGCCUCAUCUGCAACUACAUCAGCAGGAUUAUUGAGCCGCUGACCUCCAGAUGUUCCAAGUUUCGCUUCAAACCUCUGGCCAAUAAGAUCCAAGAGGAGCGCCUGUUGGAGAUCUGUGAGAAGGAGAACCUCAAGUACACCAAAGAGAGCAUAGCAGCGUUGGUGGGCGUGUCGGACGGAGACCUGCGGAAAGCCAUUACCUUCCUCCAGAGCGCUGCGCGCCUCAACAUGGACAAGGAGAUCACAGAGAGAGCCGUCAUUGACAUAGCCGGGGUGGUCCCUCCCAAGAUGAUCGACAACCUGCUCCACAUCUGCUUCACGGGCACGUUUGAGAAGCUCGAGGUGGCCGUCAGGAACAUGGUGGAUGAAGGCUAUGCAGCCACACAGAUCCUGAGUCAGCUCCACGAGUCCAUCAUAGAGCGGCAGCUGAGCGACAAGCAGAAGUCGGCCAUCACAGAGAAGAUGGCGGUGGUGGGGAAGUGCCUGACCGACGGGGCAGACGAGUACCUGCAGAUGUUGAGUCUGUGUUCACUCAUCUUGCAGCAGGCGUCCCACAACAACUAGAGUGCUACUGCUUAACAACGGCUCUUGUACACUUUUGCAUUUUGUUAAGUAAUAAAUAGUUUUGUACACUU